UAUCCUAAAGUGAAAAUUUAAGGGCAUUUAUUCUUGAGAACGAAAGCUCUCGCAAUAAUUCCAAAGUUAUGGAUUGAAAAAGUUUUACACUUUCUAGAGAGAGAGAGGGGAUCUGCAGUACAGUGCAGAGUACAGAGAGAGAAGGACCACGUAGACGAAUACAGUCCAUCUCUGUUUUCUUGCAAUGUCCGGCGAGGCUUCUUCUUCUGGGUUUAAUCUUGAAGGAAUUGAUGAUGUUCAAGAUUUUCCAUGGGCGAAUUCAGGAGAGACGCCAUCUAUAUCGUGGGACAGGUACAAUCAUCUAUGUGAGACUAUGGAGAUGGGUAACAAAGCAUAUCGUGAGAACAGAUGGGACGAGGCAAUCAAUCGUUACACAAGAGCUAGCAACAUUAAGCCGGAUGAUCCUAUUAUUCUUAGCAACAGAUGCGCUUCAUACCUCAGGUAUAGCCAAUUUCUGAAAAGUAGAUCUGCAUUAGAUUCAGAAUACAGGCCAUUGAGUGGGUUGGAUCCUACAACAUAUGCUGGGCUUGCACUAAAAGAUGCCGAGAAGGUGAUGCAUCUGCAGAACAAUUCAGUUACCUCAUAUAUUCUGAAGGCAAACUCACUCAUUUUGUUAGAAAAAUAUGAGCUCGCCCAAGAGAUAAUCCGUUCAGGACUUCAAAUAAAUCCUCAAAGCAAUCCCCUUCUAAAUUUGGAGAAAUCGAUCAAAACUACACUUGGAAGGAGAACCCACGGGAGACCACAGCGCAGUGAUGAAUUUGACUGCACCCUGUGCUUAAAGUUAUUAUAUGAACCUAUAACAACUCCCUGUGGACAUUCUUUUUGCCGUGCAUGCCUUUUCCAGUCGAUGGACCGAUAUAAUAGAUGUCCAUUGUGCCGAACAGUUCUUUUCAUUAGUCCCAGAACGUGUGCAAUCAGUGUAACGUUGAAAAACAUAAUAGAAAAAACUUUUCCUGAGGAAUAUGCUGAAAGGAAGGCUGAGAAUGACAGUUUGAUAAACCUCGGUGUUGACUUGCUGCCCCUUUUCGUCAUGGACGUUAUUCUACCAUGCGAGAAGCUUGCACUCAACAUUUUUGAACCGCGUUACAGACUUAUGAUCAGAAGGAUAAUGGAAGGAAAUCGCCGAAUGGGAAUGGCUGUUCAUGAUUCUACGACAGGUUCGGUUGCUGAUUAUGCUUGUGAAGUGGAGAUUAUAGAGUGUGAGCCACUUCCAGAUGGGCGUUUCUUUUUGGAGGUUGAAAGUCGACGUAGAUGUCGCAUCGUACGACAUUGGGAUCAAGAUGGGUAUCGUGUUGCUGAGGUUGAAUGGAUACAUGAUAUAUGCCCUGCUGAAGGAACAAGAGAGAGGCAUGAAUUACUGGAGACGGCAAAUAAGGCGGCGGCAUUCGCUCAACAAUGGUUGAGGAACGCACAACAAGUAGCAGGAGAUCGUAGAAGUGCAGAACUCUUCAAAGCUGAAGGAUUGAUGCCAUCACCACAGGAUCCUGAGCGCUUAAGUUUUUGGCUUAACACUCUGACCGCUCGUAGACCAACAGAGAAAUUAGACCUGCUUCAAAUAAGAGAUACACCUGAGCAUGUCAUGGGCACUAGGCUAAAGCGUUUGAGCAACUUAAACAAAUUGCCUUAUCCUAACAUUGAGGAUAAGGAGAGGUCUGCUAUACAUGAAACAAGAAGAACAAGGUUGCCGGCUGCAAUAAUAUUUAUUGAACAUCAUUCUCAAACUUUUUUUUUCCUCUCAUACAACAAAAAGAUGAGAGGAAGAAAACACCCUCUUGUCAUUUUUGCUUUUCUUGUACUAGUUUGUGCAAAUGUAGCUAUUUCAGCUGCAAAAGGAAGGUUUACGCCGGCUGAUAACUAUCUGAUCAAUUGUGGAUCUCCUGAUACUACUUUGCUUGAUGAUGGAAGGACUUUUAAGUCUGAUUCUCAAUCUGCUUCUUACUUGUCUACUGAUGAGACUAUUUUAGCUUCUGUUAAGUCUUUAUCAGAAAAGGUCACUUCUUUUUCCUCUGCCUCUUUGUUAUAUCAUACAGCAAGAAUAUUUGAAAGUGAGUCUAUGUAUAGGUUUCUUGUUUUCAAACCAGGCAGACAUUGGGUGCGUUUGUACUUUUAUCCUAUUCAACAUCCGAAUUAUAAUCUAGCGAGUGCUAUGUUUACUGUUACUUCUGAUAAUAUUGUUUUACUUCAUGAUUUCUCAGUGAAAGAUGCUAGUAAAGUUGUGUUCAAAGAAUACCUUCUUAAUAUUACUUCAUCUCAAUUUACCCUCAAAUUUUCACCUUUGAAGAGAUCUUUUGCUUUUAUCAAUGCCAUUGAGUUUGUCUCAGCACCAGAUGAUCUCAUUCCUGAUUCAGCUGCUGCAGUUUCCCCUGUUGGUGAUUUUAAUGGUCUGUCUCAGUUUGCGUUUGAAGUAAGUUAUCGGUUAAAUGUUGGAGGGCCAAUUGUCACACCUAAAAAUGAUACAUUGUGGAGGACAUGGUUGCCUGAUAACAAGUACAUGGCAUUUCCUGAAGGGGCUCAGAAUGUGUCAGUUCCUCUAACGACAAUAGUAUAUCCAGAUGGAGGGGCGACACCUUUGAUUGCCCCCAGUUCAGUUUAUGCCACCGCUGAUAUGAUGGCAGAUUCUGGCGUUCCCAACUCAAAUUUCAAGCUAACGUGGGAGAUGGACGUUGAUUCGAGCUUUUCCUACUUUAUCAGAAUGCAUUUCUGUGAUAUUGUGAGCAAAGGCCUAAAUGAGUUAUACUUCAAUGUCUAUGUUAAUGAGGUGAUGGGGGUCUCUAGUCUUGACCUUUCAACACUGACUUCAGAGUUGGCCACCCCUUAUUACAAAGACUUUGUGCUCAAUGCCACAGCCAUCACCAAUGGCUCGAUCAUCGUGCAGGUGGGACCCGCGUCUAACGUCCAGUCUAUCCUCCCAAAUGCCAUCCUCAAUGGAUUGGAGGUCAUGAAGAUGAGCAACAUGGCGGGAAGCUUGGAUGGGCUGUUCUCAUCUGGUGGACGGCAUGGUGUAAUGCCAAAAUCACGCGGAAUGAGAAUUGCUGCAGCUUUUGGAUUGGCAAUGGGGAUUACAGCAUUAGUAUUGCUUUUGAUGGGCAUUGUUCGUUGGCGAAGGAAGCCAACAAAGGGUUGGGAGAAGCAGAAGACAUUCUCUUCAUGGCUUCCUCUCAAUGCUAGUUACUGCAGCUUCAUGUCAAGCAAGAGCAAGACUAGUUGUUCAACAAUCAUAUCCUCUGGCCUCAACUUUGGCCGCGUCUUUACUUUCAAUGAAAUCAAGAAAACAACAAAAAACUUUGAUGAAAAAGCAGUCAUUGGUGUUGGAGGCUUUGGAAAAGUGUAUCUUGGUGUGUCGGAAGAUGGAACAAAACUAGCUAUAAAGCGAGGAAAUCCAUCAUCCUCACAGGGCAUCAACGAAUUCCUAACAGAAAUUGAGUUGCUAUCCAAGCUUAGGCAUCGACAUCUUGUUUCACUCAUUGGUUAUUGUGAUGAACAAUCAGAAAUGAUUCUAGUCUAUGAGUACAUGUCUAAUGGUCCUUUGCGUGACCAUAUUUAUGGUUCCACUUUGCCAACUCUGACAUGGAAACAAAGGCUCGAAAUCUGCAUAGGAGCUGCUCGAGGACUGCACUACCUUCACACUGGUUCAACUCAGGGAAUAAUACAUCGCGAUAUAAAAACUACAAACAUCCUUCUUGAUGAGGACUUUGUGGCAAAGAUGGCUGAUUUUGGCUUGUCAAAAACCGGUCCUUCACUGGAGCAAACACAUGUUAGCACAGCAGUGAAGGGUAGUUUUGGUUACCUUGAUCCAGAGUACUUCAGAAGACAACAACUAACAGAAAAAUCUGAUGUGUACUCGUUUGGGGUAGUCCUUUUUGAGGUACUAUGUGCAAGGCCUGCACUUGAUCCUGCGUUGCCAAGAGAACAAGUGAAUUUAGCAGAAUGGGCAAUGCAGCAACACAGAAAGGGCUCUCUGGAGAAGAUCAUAGACCCUCAUCUUGCAGGAACCAUCAGCCCUGAGGCGUUAAGGAAAUACGUGGAAGCUGCAGAGAAAUGCUUGGCAGAAUAUGGGGUUGAUAGGCCUACAAUGGGAGAUGUUUUGUGGAACUUAGAAUAUGCCUUGCAGCUUGAAAGUGCAACACCGAGUAGUGUUCCAGUGAAGAAUGAGAAUGAGAAUGAGAAUGAAAAUUCCAAGCCAAGUUCUUCAGAACAGCCUGGAACGAAUUCGAAAGGCCAUAAAGAAGCUCAGCUCAUUGACAUUAAUGAUGAUUCUGGAGUGGUUGUUGGUUCUCCUAUGUUCUUAGAAGGUUUUCAAGGAAGAUAAUAACUGAAAUAAGUAACUUAAACCAAAGAUGAUCAGCCUUUUUGUUUUUUGAUUUUUUCUGUUUUCAUGUUUUUUACUUUACUUUUUCAAGCAAUAUUGGGUUAUCUGUGAUUGAUUUCCUGUUUAGUUCAUAUAACUGGAGACAUGCCAGAAGUUUGUCUGUAUCCAAGGAUAUAAUUAACUUUCCCCUUGUAGUUGUAUUUUACUGAUUUAUCUUCAGUCAGGUGUUAAUUUUUCAAAAUGUAA